GCAACGCCGCCAGGCAGGAAGAAGCGGGAUGGGGCGCAGCGGCGCCGGACGCUGUGGACUCGAUGCGAGGCAUGGGCUCCAGCGGCUGAUGAGCACCGGCAUCUCCCUGGUGGUGAUUGGCCACUUGAAUUUGGUGCUGGGUGCCAUUGUCCAUGGCUCCGUCCUGCGCCACGUGGCCCGACCCAACCACACCAUCACUUCUGAGUAUGCUGUGGCCAACGUCAUUGGUGUGGUCUCUGCUUUUCUGAGCAUCACUACAGGCAUUGUGGCUAUCCUGGUGUCCCGAAAUCUCUCCCACCGCUCUCUGUCUUGGGUCUUGUUUGUGGUCGCCCUGGCAAAUGUCUUGAUCUCGGGAGCCUGCUGCGUGGGACUGGCAGUCGCUGUCUCUCUCACCGCUGCCAACAGUGGCCGCCACCUCCUUGCCGGAUGCAACAGUUCUGCCCUUCCAGCUGAGACACACAUCACGAGCAACGAGUGCCCUUUUGACACCACCCGCAUCUAUGAUACAGCUCUGCUCCUUUGGCUCACCUCCUUAGUGAUGGCGGCAAUGGAGGCUGGUCUCUCUGCCUGGUGCUGCGUGGCAUCGCUUUCCCUGCGUGGAAUCGGUCCAUGCGCUGCUUCCUACCAGGUGGUACUGCUGCAGGAGACGGUCCUACAGAAAGUGGCUGCAGAGGAAGGCUGUGAAGGUGAGCCUCAUCACCAGCUGCUGGUUGAAGUGGCUCAAAGACACUCCUAGGAAGGAGAGGUGGACUCAAGGAAAGACCAGCAGCGCCUGGUCAGGCCCAUGGGGGUAGGUAGGGCCUCCAUGGGACUGGUGUUCAGUGCAGAGCCAAACUGGCUGCAACCUAGCCUUUCCCUUCCCAAGGGGGUUCUAACGCCAAACUGGAAAAGAACUGUGAAGGAGGAUAAGUUUCCCAACGGCUGUCUUGCAAAAAACCAAAAGAGAUACUACGAAGCCAGUUUACUAGGGCUGGCCAUCUCACGACUCGGCCACUCACAGAUAAGACAGAUCACUGUGUGGUUUUGGAGCCAACAUUAAUAAAAAAUAAAAUUAUGCAGAGAAGGAAAAUAAA